AUGGCAACAGUGGUAAAACAAGUCUCCUAUAUCAUUACAUUCAUGGAACAUGUAAUUUAUAGGAUCAAAUAAGAAAUAUCUAAUGUAAAAUAGACAUUGGGUGUUGAGUUUUCAUCCAAAAUAAUGCAAAUCAAUCAAAAAAAGAUUAGAAUGUAAAUGUGGGAUACAGCAGGUUAAGAGAGAAUAUAGAGCAUUGACAUAAGGGAUCUCUUUUAAGUCCUCGACAUCACUGAGUAUGCAUAUAGAAAGUAAUUUAGUACAGCAUCCUUUGAAGCCUUGCCAGAAUGGAUUAAAUAUGCAAGAGAUUACUCAAAACCUUCAGUUUAAAUUAUUAUUAUUGGAAAUAAAGCUGAUUUGGAUAAGGAGAGAACCAUUUCUCAAUAAUCUGCAAAAUAGUUUUGUCUAGAAAAUGAAGUUCAAUACAUUGAAACUAGUGCAAUAGAAUUUUGGAUUUGCUCCAAUAAGGAUUCAAUGAUUCCAAUUUGA